AUGGGGCUGUUCUACAGCAAGAGCCAGUCCUUCAAGAAGGACAAUUAUGUAGGGGGAGAAAAGUACCUCAAUGUCAGCCCCUACAUAUUAAUAAGUCAGUCUGAUUGCUAUGUGAGCCUGAGCCUGCCAACAGCUUCAGUGCAGCAUUUCCGCACCAAGACUGUCCAGAACAGCAAGAACCCAACGUGGAAUGAGACCUUCCACUUCACAAUUCAGAGCCAAGUUAAGAAUGUUCUGGAGCUGAAGGUUUGUGAUGAGGACAAAGUAACUCAAGAUGACCAUCUCCUCACUGUUUUCUUUGAUGUCUCCAAAAUCCAGCUUGGAGAAAACAUUCAGCUAAGUUUCCAGCUGAAUCCACAGGGGAAAGAGGAGCUGGAGGUUGAAUUCACAAUGGAGAGCAGUCCAGAUCCUCCAGAAAAUAUUGUUACCAAUGGAGUUCUAGUGUCCCGUGAGGUUUCCUGUUUGGAUGUGCAGGUGAAUGAUGGGAGGCUGAGGAAGGACACUAUGGAGAGGAAGUUUGCAUUAACUGUGGAUGGGUCGUAUGAAGGAACGCAGACGCACACGCUGAGCUCCUGCCUGUGCCCGACGUCCCCGGCCAGGUUCCACUACAUCAAGUACAACCAGUCAUCGCUCACCGUGGCUCUGCCGCGGCGCAGACGGCUCAGCAGGUCUAUAUCAAGUCAAAAUGAAAGGGAUAUGAAUGAAUCUGUGACUCUACCUCUGAACUCGCUUCCUAUACAAGAGAAAAUAGCAAUAGGAGAGGACAGGACAAUUGACUUGUACACAAAGGCAAAUGAAUGGACCCAGGGUCUGUGUUUCAGACCAAGAAACCUUGACACCCGCCUGGGCUUUGACCUCUGCACAGAUGAACAGAAUUUCCUGCAAAACCGAAAGAAGGUAGUUGCUGCUGCGCUAAAGGAUGUUCUUCAUCUGGAGGAAGAUCUGCAAGAGCAUGAGGUGCCUAUAGUGGCUGUGACCACAGCAGGGUGUGGCAUAAGAGCACUCACUGCCAUGUAUGGCAGCAUUUUGGGUCUCCAAAAGUUGCGUGUUCUGGAUUGUGUUUCAUACAUCAGUGGUUCAUCUGGCACAACAUGGACAAUGACAAAGCUAUAUGAAGAUGCUGACUGGUCACGUAAGGAUCUUGGGGAAGUAAUUGUUGAAGCACGGAAGCAAGCAGCCAAGUGCAAGAUGGGGGCUUUUUGCUUGAAAAGUCUCAGGAAUUAUUACAGAGAGCUGAGCCAAAGGACCCAAGCAGGACAUAAAACAUCUUUUAUUGAUCUGUGGGGGCUCAUGAUUGAAGCCAUGUUAAAUGACGGGAAAAGCCACCACAGACUUUCUGAUCAACGUCAGGCAGUGAACCAAGGUCAGAACCCACUGCCCAUCUACCUUGCCCUUAAUGUCAAGGACAAAGUUGCCACCAAAGAUUUCAGAGAAUGGGUGGAGUUCACGCCAUACGAAGUGGGCUUUCUGAAAUACGGUGCCUUCAUUCGUGCGGAGGAUUUUGGCAGCGAGUUCUUCAUGGGUCGCUUGAUGAAGAAGCUCCCCGAGUCACGAAUCUGCUUCAUGCAAGGAAUGUGGAGUAGUAUCUUCUCCAAAAAUCUCUUGGAUGCCUGGCAUGCAGCUGACAAUUCAGAAGAUUUCUGGCACAGGUGGACACAAGACAAAGUGACUGAAAUAGAGGAACAACCAGACCUGCCUGAGAAGCCGUACGAGAUGGCCACAUGUGUUUUCACUCCUACAAGCGGCCUCUCCACCACGCUCCGGGACAUCCUGACGGAUCGUCCUGCUGUCUCCAAGUACCACAACUUCCUUAGGGGCUUCCAGAUGCACAACGAGUACAUCCAGCAUGAACAUUUCACAAAAUGGAAAGACACAUUGCUGGACACCUCUCCCAACGACCUGAGAGGCAACUCGGAACACCUGGAACUUGUGGAUGCAGCUUUCUUCUUUGAAACCAGUUACCCACCCCUUAUGAGGCCAGAGCGGAAAGUGGAUGUCAUCAUACACUUAAACUACACAGGUGGAUCACAGACAUUGCCCCUGGAGCAGGCUUGCAGAUACUUUGCAGAGCAGGAAAUUCCAUUUCCCUGCAUUGGACUGAUGGAUGAUGAGAAGAACCUGAAAGAGUGCUACAUGUUCGAUGGUGCAGACACUCCAGGAGCUCCUCUGCUGCUUUAUUUUCCAUUAGUGAAUGACACUUUUCAAAAAUAUGUAGCACCUGGCAUGUCACGUACUGCUGCUGAAAUGGAACAGGGCAAGAUUGAUAUCUCCAGUUUCUCUUCUCCAUACUCAACCAGAGAGGUCUCGCUGAAAGCAGAAGAUUUCAACAAGCUUCUGAAGCUGACUAAUUACAACAUCAUGAACAACGAGAACAUGAUUCUUCAGGCUUUGCGCACGGCUGUGGCACGGAAGAAACAAGCCCUGAGCCAGCCAGUAUCACAAGCACAGCCCUCUGCUUGAACAGCAUUUUCCUGCCCCUUACUCAGCAUUUACCAAGGCAGCAUACAUAUGAUAAAUACUUCACCACUCUUGACAGGGGCCAUGUCUUUCUAAGUAACUUUCUCAAUCUUACGCAGAAUUGGGGUAUUAAACUCAGCAGUUUCUCUUGUUAAUACCAUCUCACUCUGAUGUUCAAAAGAUGAAGAUUCAGCUGUGUGUGAUAGGGAAAUAGCAUUAGCUCUAUUUUUCUGCAAUCUCUUAUGGUGGCUAGUUGCUAAUAUUUAUUUCACAUGCAAAAUAUUUUGGCAUUUCACUGGGACUAUUGGUAGCAAAACCAUAAAGCCCUCUUCAGACACAGAAGGUGGUGACCAUGCAGUACUAAUUUAAAACAUUUUAUUUUGUUUGAAUAACCUGAUUUGAGUGGCCUUCUACCUUUAAAAAGUUUUGUUUCCCCGGUGCUUAUUUUUGGUCAUGAAUUGUUGUGAAAUAAAUAUUUUGCGAAGGAUGUUUUAUUUUUCAAAUUCGUGUUGAACAACAGAGCCAGUGGCCAUUUAGUCUUUCAUGAUACAUAUUCUUAUCAAUUAAAUCAAACUUCAGAAUUUGUUUUGAAGGACUACUGCUAUUUCCUCUCACAACCGUGUCCUGUCCCAGAUCACAUAUAGAUUCUGCAAUUUUCUCCCUGAAAUGCAAUUUUUUUAUAGUGUAUUGAACUAUUAAAAAACCAGAGAGCACAUGAAGGGGAUUGCAGGAUGCAUGGUAAUUGAACACUGGAAACAUGCAGUAAGAUACCAAUUUUCUGCUCACUGCAUCACAGUGUAUCCCAUACUCAAAUACACCUGAGGCCAAGAAAGGUCCAGCAGAGAGAGAAAUGUGGAGUUUCUGUUUCUGGCAUGAAUUCUUCCUCAGAUGUGAGUAAUUGGAGAGAGAGAAGUAUUCUUUUUGAGAUCUGGAGCUGGUGAAGAAGUUGGGUUUUACUGGUUUUAGGUAAAAGUCACACAGGAGCAUUGUGAAAGAAAGGCAGAUGCUGGCAUCUAGGAGUUUGUCAAGGGUCAGCCAAGAUGAACCUUACAGGAGCCCUCAGAACCUGGCCUAAAACAAGUAGGCAAGAGCUGUAGCAGAGUUUCUCCUUUCCACAAAUAAGGUACAUAGACAAUUUCUGCCUUAUAUUCUAAAAUCCUGCUUACUGUUUUAUCUGAGCAGCCACUCAUGAGCUCAAACUAAGGUAUCUGAACUGUCACAAUGGGUAUCAUGACCGACUCCUUAAUACCCGACAGGGAGGGUAUCAUUAUACUUGUCAAAGUCCUCCUGUGACUGUAAAGUUCUGGGCAUUCCAUCAGCUUUGCAAAGUCUCCAGGCUCUGAGGAGCUCUGGUGCAGAUUCUAUUCUCAACUGUUGUUCCUUGUUGGGAAUAUUUUUGUAAGGUUUGGAUACUCCGAUGUUGCCUGUGAGCUUUUUGAUAGUAAUGGUGAGCACCUGCUCCUUCCUGGUUUUACCAGCAUCAGACUGGUUGGAAAACAUGUAUUCCUGAGACAAUGGAAACAACUCUGUAGAUGCCUUGUACAGCCUGCUUCACCUUUUGUAUGUCCCAUCUCAGAAUUUGUGAUGCACUCUAAAAUCUCAGAUGAUCUGAAGCAAACCAGAAAUGGUAGCUUCUCAGCCACUGGCAUGGCGUUUAAUAUGUUCACAUGAGAUGUUUUGUCCCAAGGGCCUGUUCUGGUACUAUUACUAGAUUUUCUUCAAGCAGAGGCACUUGACAGCCAAUAUCUGGGAUGGGCUGUCUCCAGCUCCAUGCUCUGCAGCAUUUGCUGUGGAGGAGAUUCCAGCAGAGAGAACCCUUGGGUAGGAGAGGUGACAGAGGCCUAGAGACUGGCCUACUGUUUUCCUUCCUUGUACUAAGUUGAGGUAAUACAUUUUUCGUGGGUAAAACACCUUUAUUUUGUAUACUACCAUUAUUAAUAUUUCUUCUGUUACUAUGUGUUUCUUAUCACAUUGUUUUUUGCUUUCAGUAAAUUGUUAUCUCAACCCAUAAAUCUCUCCUUUUGUCCUUCCCUUACCGGAUGGGAGGGGUGAGAGGGAGUGGCUUAUUUGGAGUUUAAUUUCUGGCUGGUGUUACACCACCAGAGGGUGGUCCAGUCAUUCCCUACCUCAGCUGAACACUCCCGUGUUGGAUCAGUUUGGCCAGGUUUUGGUAGUAGAGGUUUACAAGGGUGGCCUAUGUGAGAAGAUGCCAGCAGCUCCCCCCAUCUCCAACAGAGUCAAUGCUCCAAGGCUUGCCCCCCUGGCCAAGGCCGAGCCCAUCAGUGGCAGCUGUGCUGCCUCCAGGAUAAUGUAUUUAAAAACGGGGAAAAAAACCUGUGCUACAUCGAUUGAAGUGGGAGAGGAGAGUGAGAACGUGUAAGAGACAGGCCUGCAGAUGCGAAGGUCAGUGAAGGAGGAGGUGCUCCAGACUUUGGAGCAGAGAUUCCCCUGAUGCCUGUGCUAAACAAUUGUUAAAUAACUAUUUAAGUGGCUGUUAAGUGACCGUGGUGAGGCAGGUUCUCCCUCUCAGCACUCGCUGGCCUGUGGUGGAGCAGAUACUCACCUACAAUCCCUGGAGAACCCCACAUGGAGCAAGUGGGUGCCCGAGGGAGGAUGUGACACUGUGGGAAGGCUGUGAAGGAGCAGGUUCUGGCAGGACCUCUGGGCCCAUGGAAAAAGGAGUCCACACUGGAGCAGAUUUGCUGGCAGGGAGCCACUCUGGAGGGGUGUGUUUCUGCAGGACUGCACCCCAAUGGAAAGGACCCAUGCUGAAGCAGUUUGUGAUGAACUGGGAAGGAUGAAGGCUGGAGAAGUUCAUGGAGGACUGUUUUCUGUGGGAAAGACCCCACACUGGAGAAAGUGAAGCUUCUGGGGCUGGAGGAAGUACUGAAAAUCAGGAGUAAAAUUAAACCCAAGAAGAAGGGAUGGAUGGGGGAAAGGUCUUAUGAUCUGUCACCUACUCUGAUUUGAUUUGUAAUAAAUUUGGCUGAUUUCCU